AACAUACCAAUUAGCUCAUGUCAAACUACAUUCGCAAGCUGAAUUUAUCAAAUAAUGAUUACCAGAAUUUAAUUAUUUAUUACAUUGCGAAAUAAAAACUUCAGUUGAUGGUGAUAUUUUUGUCUUAUUUGACAGCCGGGAAAUUUUAACUAGAUGCAGUCAAGCAACAGAGCCGGUAGUGCAGAGCCGACGGAAUCCAGGCUGUUCAAAGUGGCAAUUGCCGGGGAUGGGAGGACAGGAAAAACUUGUCUUCUCAACAGAUAUACAAAAAACCAUUACAGUGACAACUACAAGCCUACGAUAGGUGCUGAUUUUGUGUACAAAGAGAUUUUAUUCGAGGGAAAACUAGUUAAACUUCAGUUUUGGGAUCUGAUGGGCCAACGCGCGGGAAGCAAAGAAGUCACCUCCAACUUCUUUCGAGGCGCGUCUGGGGUCAUGAUCUGCUUCAGCCUCAUUGACGACACAUCUUUGACCCACGUGAAAGAAUGGCGCCAAAGAAGUUCGAAUUUUCUUCCCGACAAUACCCCGUUUGUCAUCGUAGGGACUAAGUGUGAUUUGGCAAGCAUGCCCGACGAAAGCUGGUCCUUUUUGUGCGAGAGCGAAAACUUCGACACUUGGUUCCAAACUUCGGCAAAGUCGGGUGUGGGCGUGAAAGAAUCAUUCGAAGGGCUUGUCAAAAUGAUGCUUGACAGAGAGGAAGAGAAUCGUGAAAUGGACGGGAAAAAAGGGGACUUGCGUGGAGAUCUGAACGGACAGCGAGAGAGGUCAAGGCCAUGUGGUUGUUGAUCACAAAUAAUAAUACAUCGAGACUGUCAAUAAAAAUUAUCUUCUGUAGAUUCCAUUUUUAUCAACCCACGUAACUAUAAUGCCGGGGGGCACUAGAUAACUUCACUCAAUAGUAAUUGUCAGUAUGUUCAAUAAACUACUGGCUUUUACGCAUCUAGUUCAAAAUCACCAUUCCUUUGGUAUCUACUAAAGAAUUGCCACCAUAAAUAAAAGCGGAAAAAUUAGCUUUAAAGAGUUGUUUAAACUUCGAAUU